AUGGUUUACGUUAAUCCAAUCCUAGCGCUCUGCGCAUCCCUUCUUCUCCCCGGCGCUGCUGUCGCCCAGGAGGAGGUGGACCCGUCGGCUGCCUUGGAACGGUACGAGUCGGGCCAAGUGCACCGGGAAUUGUUGGCCAGGAAACAGAAAUCAUGGGAAAACCAACGAGCUGCCGGACGCCUGGAGAGUAGUCAGUAUCCUGAGCUUGGCUACACGGCCUGCAAGGACGGCAUCGCAGAGGCAAUUGCUGGUGACAAGAACAACACCUUCAGAUGCCAUAACGCCGAUCUCUAUCACUUCCUCCCCCACUCCGCACUCGGAGGUAGUGAAGGUGAGGGAUCCUCAUCCUGGGGCUGGACGUCGGACGACGGUCGCGAGUUUGUCGCCAUCGGCCAAGUAGACGGCACCGCCUUCGUAGAGAUCAGCAGCGAGGGGAAACUCAUCUAUCUCGGCCGACUCCCUCAGUACUCCGUUCCCUCUAUCUGGAGAGAAAUCAGAGUGUACAAGCACUACGCCAUUGUCGGAUCCGAAGCCGAAGGUCACGGAAUCCAGAUCUUCGAUUUGAAGAAGCUUCUGGAUAUUGAUCCGGCCAAUCCUGUCCUCUUCGACAAGUUCAACGACCUCACGGGCUUCUACGCCGACCUGCCCAUCGGUAGGACUCACAACGUCGUCAUCAACGAGGAGCGCAACUACGCCGUUAGCGUCGGAGCCCAACCCAGGACUGAUGCCUGCCGAGCCGGCCUCAUCUUCAUCGACUUGUCUGACCCCGCGAACCCAACCUCGCCCGGCUGCGCGGCUGGGGAUGGAUACGUUCACGACGCGCAGUGCCUCGUCUAUCACGGGCCCGACGACAGAUACGAGGGCCGCGAGAUUUGCUACGGCUACAAUGAGGACACUCUCACCAUCUACGAUGUCGAAGACAAGAACGGCACCCAUAUCAUUUCUCGCACGUCGUACGAAGGUGCCAGCUACACUCACCAAGGAUGGGUCCUCGACGUCAACAACCAAGAGUACCUCGUUCUUGACGACGAGCUCGAUGAGGCAGACAAGGCCGGUCCCGGCGCAGAUGGAUACCCCGUUACGUUUAUCUGGGACAUUCGGGACCUGGAGAAUCCCAAGCAGACGGGCUUCUACAAGGCCAAGACUAAGUCGAUCGAUCAUAACCACUACGUCAUUGACGGGAUCGUCUACCAGUCCCACUACGGUGCGGGUCUUCGUGUUCUUGAUGCAAGGUCGAUUCCUGAGGAUCCUACGGGAUCGAGCGUGUGCGAGGUUGCGCAUUUCGAUAUCUACCCCGAGGAUGACGAGGAGGAGGGCGGCGGCAUUGUGGAGUUUGUCGGAUCGUGGUCGUCGUAUGCUUACUUUAAGUCGGGAUUCAUCUUCAUUAAUACUAUCGAGAGGGGAGCUUGGGUGGUGAAGUUGACGGACUUGAGCUGUACCGCCUGA